GAUAUGGCUUCAACAAAACCUCAACAGUUGAAAAAUCGACGAUUUUGCAGUUAUAUUCGAUAGUGAAAUCGUAAGCUUUCGAUAUUCAUAUCAAAGCGUAUCGAAAACGGCCACACUGCAAAGCAGCAGAUAUUUUCGUAUGUAAAACGCAUUAAAAACCACAAAUUGUGUAAAUAAGUCAAAGUGCUUGAAUUUGCGCCUAUGCUUGUUUCUUAGUACACGCUUGGAGACCUGCUGCUGGGAAAUAAUACACAGCAGAAUGCUGUCCCUCUAAAUAUUAGCUUAACGCCAAUCACAAUCAUUACCUGGUGGGGGUGUGAAAGUGUGUGUUUGUGUGUGUGGUGUGGGGGGAUGUUAAGUGAAUCACAAGCACAUAGUUAAUAUAAGUUAAAAAAAAUAUGUACCAAAGCGCUUGCAAUGCAGCCACGACAGGCUCAUGUGUACCCGGUGCAGGGAAUCAAACAGAUAAUGACAGGCAGGCAGCACUAAUAGCUCAACAGCCACCCACAGCGCCCGUGGAGCCCGACUAUAGUGGCUUCGAUAUCGUUAAGGCCACACAGUAUGGUGCGAUAGCACGUGUGCGUGAACUGGUCGAGUCCGGCUGGGAUGUAAAUCAGCCAGACAGCGAAACAGUCACACUGCUACACUGGGCGGCCAUCAACAAUCGGCGCGACAUCAUACGCUAUUUCCUGGAAAAGAAUGCUACAGUGGACGCUGUGGGCGGCGAACUAAAUGCCACGCCACUACAUUGGGCCACCAGACAGGGGCACUUGGGCGCCGUAGUGCUGCUAAUGGCAGCAGGUGCAGAUCCACGCAUAAGGGACGCAGAAGGCUGCUCCUGCAUACACAUAGCUGCGCAGUUUGCGCACACAGCGCUGGUGGCCUACUUUAUAGCCAAGGGUGUCGAUCCGGACUUACAAGAUCGUGGCGGUAUGACAGCGCUCAUGUGGGCCGCCUGGAAGGUGUGUGCGCUGGAUCCUGUGAGAUUGUUGCUCACGUUGGGCGCCAAUCCAGCUAUGGUGGAUUAUACGCAUGGCAAUACAGCGCUGCAUUGGGCCAUAUUGGCGCGUAAUUCCACUGCCAUAUCAACGCUGGUCCUUAAAUCGAAGGCUUCGUUAGAUGUGCCCAAUUUACGCGCUGAAACGCCGCUAAGCAUGAUGGAGGCUCAAACUGGUGCCAUUUGGAUUGGGGCCAAGGUGAUGGAUAGAGUCAGAGAUGCAGCGCUAACUUCACAGCAACGACGAUCACUUGUCUCCAAGCUGCGACACGACAAACGCUUGCGCUGGUGGUCAAUGGUUGCCUGUCCCUUUACUGCUUUCUACUUGGCUGGCAUUGUUUUCACCAUUAACACACUGUAUAUUAUAAAGUUUUUCCUCCUGGGCUGCCUCUACGCCAUAUUCCAUACUAUUGGCAAAACGCUGUUCGAUGAGCAUCUAAUGGCGUUGCUGCCACUUUCUGUGUAUCUUGCCACUAAGGCCUGGUUCUAUAUCACUUGGCUACUGUAUAUUGAUGAUGCCGUGUCCUUCACAACCACCGUGUGCUUCCUUAUCUCCUCGAUAUUAUUGUGGGUGUGCUUCAUCAAGUCCUGGAAAGGAGAUCCCGGUAUUAUUAGACCCACCAGAGAACAACGAUUUAAGACUAUUAUUGAACUGUCAGAGCGCGGUGGCAUUGGCUUUGAGCCCGCGUCCUUUUGCUCUGGCUGCUUGGUGCGGCGGCCUGUACGUUCUAAGCACUGCUCUGUGUGUGACCGCUGUGUGGCUCGCUUCGAUCAUCAUUGCCCUUGGGUGGGCAAUUGCAUUGGUCUUAAUAAUCACACUUACUUUAUGGGUUUCCUCUGGAUGUUGCUGGUCAUGUGCGGCUGGAUGCUUUACGGCGGUGCCAAGUACUAUGUGAACGAGUGUAAUGUACAUUUAGAUGAUUUUCUCAGCGCCAUGCAGGCAAUUGGCAACUGCAAUGCCUGGGUCGGCUGGGUAAUGGGCAAUUCUCUACUGCAUAUGUCCUGGGUUAUAUUGUUGACUAUAUGCCAGACAUAUCAGGUUGUAUGCCUCGGCAUGACCACCAACGAACGCAUGAACCGUGGCCGUUAUCGCCAUUUUCAGGCCAAGGGUGGACACAGUCCAUUUACGCGCGGACCUCUGCUUAAUCUGGUUGACUUCCUGGAGUGCAGCUGCUUUGGACUGGUGCAACCUCGUCGCGUUGAUUGGAUGAACUAUUAUGACUAUGACUCUCAAGUGCAUCAGACCAUUGAGAAGGAGCCGCUAUUGCGCGGUGAUGACGCCGAUGCUUUGGCAGGGGAUCAUCAGUAUGUGUAGGACAAGUCCUAUCGGGAUGCGAAGACGCUUCAAAUGCCCAUAGCGCAUGUCUAACGUUUCAUGUGCUAGCCUAGCAAAACAACGCUUUACUUACCACCUCCCAAUCCCCCAUCCCAACCAAUUAGCUACGUAUUAUUAUUUUCUAGUGAUUUGUAAUUGGUGCGCGCUGCUGCAGAAACACGAUUUAAAUUGUAUCAAACAGACAAACAAAAGACAGAAGCGUCAUUGCUGACCGAUAUCGGAUCGAUCAAAUUGAGCUAAUUAAGCUCUAACUUAACUGUAAUUACGAAAACUUUGUAUAUUUCCCAGCAUAUUUCUUUCAAUAAGUGUGAAAUUAUAAAAAGAAAACAAAACAUUAUUUCGCUCUAAGUAUUUCAUAAACCAAAAAAGCAAAAUGUUUAACAAGUUUAGAAAAUCAACAUAAUCAAAAUCAACAAAAUGCGUUAUUCAAAAGACGUGCAAUAUUCAAAAUUAUAUUUCUAACACACGAUUAACAAAAUAUAAAGCGCACAGUAAAUGAUAUGCAACUCGAACUUUAAUAUUGUAUUUAAAAUUAUCUAUUCUAAAAUCAAAUUUAUACAAUAAUAAUAGUUGCAGUUAACCUCUAAAUGUGGCUUGGAUUUGCAAUCCGCAAUUAUAUAUACAUAUAUUAAUGAGAUUAACGAUGCAAGCCGCGAAGCAUAAGCAGCUUUAUAUUAAACCAAAAGAACAAAACACCAAAAAACAAACAAAAAAAAAAACAAAACACCUUGAACUCUCAAAUAAGUAAACGAAAAUGUAAUUAUAAUAUUCAAUAAUUAUAUACUACAAUUGAAAUACUUGCAUACUUUAUAACAAAUAUGAUUCUAAACGCAAACCGAUUCAAUGUGCACUAGUCUAGUCAGCAAUCAUUUAGGUAAAAUGUUGUAUUCAAUAAAUGAAUAUACGUAUAUGUGUAUGCUUAUGUAUAAUGAUAGUUAUGAAAUUAUGCACACCUAACGAAUCAAGAUCAAUGAAGGAAUUUCUUAAACACCAAGCAGUUAGCUAAAGCGAUGCGUUUCUAAUUGUAACACGUUACUUAAUUGCAUUUAAAUUUAAUAUGAAAAUCGAUGUAUGUAUGUAUGAACACUUUCAACUAAAUAAACUAAAUAGCUAUGUACGUAUUUAAACUAACAACACUGAACACAAAACACUUUUCGAUGUAUUUUGUAUUUGAGAUUAUACAAAAGCUUGUAUUUUCACACUGCGCUUUGUUAAUAACUUUUAUAUACUAUUCAUUUGCUUGCAUCGGUAUAAGACAGCAUAAAAAACGCUUUUAAGAGACUACAAAUACAAUGACAAACCAUAAUAUCUAAGUGUUCUUGGCUCCCGCCCUCAAAAAUAAUAAUAAAUUACAAACAUAAAAAAAACCAUUGCCUACAUCUUUAGUUUAGCGCCUAAGUUCAAGACAUAAUACGAUCAUGUGUAUUAAAUAGUUUGUAGGAUAUGAAAUGCGAUGUGUAUGUAACAGUGUGCGUUAAAAAAUUUAAUAAUAAAUAGUACUUUAUUCCGUAUUCGAAUAUGUGAA